UGAGGUGGCAUAUUCUGAAGGAGCCAUUGAAAUGGAGUGAGCACCAAAUUAGUGCCCCCUAAACCCCAAAUCCAACCCCCAAAUGGCUGAUGCAGAACUAUCAAAACGGAGCCCCGAACUCCGAAAAGACAAAAUCAACAACAAGUGGGUCAUAUUUUCACCGGCAAGAUCACGCCGUCCAUCUGACUUCAAAGCCAAAUCAAACCCAAACCCUAACAACCAAACCUCAUGCCCAUUUUGCGCUGGACACGAACACGAAUGUGCACCAGAGAUAUUCCGUGUACCCGCAAAUUCCACUAAUGAUUGGAAAAUUAGAGUUAUACAAAAUCUGUAUCCGGCAGUAAGUAGAGAAUUGGGUUUUGAAAAUAAUCGGGUUUCGGGUCAAGGUGACGUGGCAGUUAGUGGAUUCGGGUUUCAUGAUGUGGUUAUUGAAUCCCCGGUUCAUCAUGUGAAUUUGAGUGAUCUUGAACCGGUUCAAGUUGGAGAGGUUUUAUUAGCUUCUAAGAAGAGGAUUGAACAGCUAAGGGAUUUUGACUCUAUUAAGUAUGUUCAGGUGUUCAAAAACCAUGGAGCCUCUGCUGGUGCUUCGAUGAGCCAUUCUCACAGCCAGAUAAUUGCUCUUCCCAUUGUUCCUCCAACAGUUUCUGCCCGUCUUGACAGUAUGACGGAAUACUACAAGCAGACUGGGAAAUGCAGCCUGUGUGAUAUUCGACCAAAUGAGUUAUUAAUUGAUGAAUCAGCUCAUUUCAUAUCGCUGGUUCCCUUUGCUGCAACUUUUGCUUUUGAGAUUUGGAUAAUUCCUCGUGAUCACUCUUCUCAUUUUCAUGAAAUAGAUCGUGAGAAGGCAAUUGAUCUUGGAGGGUUGUUGAAACUCAUGCUUUUGAAGAUGUCUUUGCAGUUGAACAAUCCACCAUUCAACCUCCUGAUUCAUACCUCCCCAUUUCAAGAUGACCCCUCAUAUGCACCUUCCACACACUGGUUUAUACAAAUAGCUCCCCACUUGAGUGGAGUUGGUGGAUUCGAGAUAGCUACGGGAUGUUACAUAAAUCCUGUUUUCCCAGAGGAUGCUGCCAAAAUUCUAAGGGAUGUGAGAAUAUCUAAUUAAUAACAUUUAGAGGAAAUUUAUUAAAUCUAAUUAUAUAUAUAUCUUUAGAUACAGUAGCUAAGGAGAUAAAGAGGAUAGGGAAGUUGUACCUUUUUUAACUAUAUAAUAAGUGUAUGUUGGGCUGGACGACGAAUGGCACUUUAGUGUGCUAUUUUGACUUAUUGAAUGAUUUCGGGUUUAAGGCCAUGGACUUAUCAGGUUGAAACAGAUUUGAAAACGCAUUUCGGAUAAUGUUUGUGAUUGGCCUAAUUGGUCGAGAAGAUGGCUAGUCUCGUGAGUUCCUAUUCUAGUAGUACAUCAUAGCUUAGCUGGUUGGGAAGGUAUGAUAGUCAUCUUGGAUCGAUGUAUACAUUGCCGUUGUUUGAGGGGUACGACAACCAUCGUGGGCGGUCUCUGCGUAAAAGAUGAUAUAAUGAAGGUGAAUAUUUACUUGCAAAGUUCUGUCCUUUUCUUUGGCUUAA